AUGUCAUUAGCCACAGGCGAGCAUAGCAAGUCAGAAGGCAUAUUUGCUUUGGCUCAAAAUCUUUCAAACACAACCCAACUAAUUGGAAAUAUUGGGCAAAAUACCGACAAAUAUUUCCAGUAUCUUCCAUUAAUUACAAGACAACAGGCAGAUCAAAAGUCAAUAUUUAGUUCUCUGUUUUCAGCCGCAGAGAGUAGCGCGAAAAAAUUCGAAAUCGGUGAAAAAUUUUCGCUUGAUCAUGUGUAUAGUCAUGAUAAUCGUACGUUGGUGCCAGAUAAGCCCAUUCAUGUGAAAUCGAUUGAAGCUGAACGAUUAUAUGACGUCACUUCAGUGACAGAAUUUCUCUAUCCAUAUCUGUAUACGAUAAAACUUGAAUAUGCCGGUUCACACGAAUGGACAAUUUACAAACGUUAUAAAGAUUUUCACAAACUGCAUAAAAAAUUACUUGAUUACGCUGAAAAAGAAACACAACAGUCAAUUGAAGCUUUGAAUAGAUCACAAGAAGAAAAUAAAGAUCGACCGUAUUUUCCAACAAGAAACGAACGCUUAGCAUUCGUCACGGAUAAAACAAUAAACCAACGUUCUGCCUCUUUAAUGAAGUAUUUAAAUACACUUCUUCAACAGCCAAACUAUAUUAUUCAUCCAGCUGUUAGUGACUUUCUUGAAAUAAGCUACAUAACUUUUGUUCAUGGACUAGAUGUUAGCAGAAAAGAAGGUUAUUUACAUCAACAGUUACCUACUGAUGAAUAUCAUGGAUGGAAGCGAAUUUUUCAUAUACCGUUUAUAUUUGAUACGUGGAAAUUUGGGCAAGAAAAUUGGUUUGUUGUAAAAGAUACAUAUUUAACCUAUAUAAAUCCGACAACACAUAGUAUCCGAACGCCAUUUUUGGUUGAUAAUGCAUUCAAAAUCGAAACGGAUUUAAAACACGUUCGAACAAAAGACGGUAUCAAAGUAACAAAUUCUCAGCGAUCCCUGAUUCUGAAAUGUAAAGAUAAAUAUCAUAAACAAGAAUGGACUAACAUAUUACAAGAGCUUAUUCAGAAAAAUUCAACAACAUUUUGCCGAGGAAAUCAGUUUAAUUCAUUUGUACCAAUGAGAGAACAACAACUGGGACAAUGGUUCAUGAACGGUAAAGGUUACAUGGAGGCCGUUGCAAAGGCGAUCAUGAAAGCAAAAGAAGAAAUAUAUAUAACGGACUGGUGGUUGUCUCCAGAACUAUGGCUGAUCAGACCGGGUGAUAAACCCAUAUAUAGAUUAGAUAAUUUACUUGAAGAAAAAGCUGAUGAAGGCGUUCGCAUCUAUGUUAUGUUAUUCAAAGAAAUGGAAUUAGCUUUGGGCAUCAAAAGCGCAUAUUCAGAGAAAAUAUUGACGUCGAAAAAUAAGGAGAAUAUCAAAGUGAUUCGCCAUCCAGAUCACUUUAUUACGGGUGGAAUUUCGAUCAACUGGCUUUGGUCUCAUCAUGAAAAAUGUGUUAUUAUCGAUCAGAAAUUAGCUUUUAUCGGUGGAAUUGAUUUGUGUUACGGAAGAUGGGAUGACGAUGAAAUGAAAUUGGUUGAUUUGGGUAAUGAAAAUAUUUUAGAAUUAAAAACAGCUGGGCAGCUUGCUGCUGACAAGACAACUAGUAAAACAGACGAAUCAACUACAAACGAUGAAAUUAUUGCUAAAAAUUCACCUGUUCCAACGGAUGGAGAUAUUGAUGCAAAUUCAAAAAAAGCUGAAGUCGAAAUACCGGAUGUAAACGCUGUUAUACCAAAAAAGGAAUGGUCAAAAUCAGUAUUAGUCAAUAUAGGCAUUCAGAUUGUCAAUUAUCUGUUGUUUAUUUUGCGUUAUUUCUCCAUCAUAUUCCAACAAAAGCCAGACAAACAUGGAGGAUCAGAAGAAGAAAAGGAGGAAGAACAUCAGGUUAAAAAGCUUCGAGACUGGCUUAAACUACAACGAAAAAUGAUGAAAAAAAAGAGGAGCAAUGAUGAAAACGAAAUUCUUCUCUUGGAGGAUAAGGAGGAAAAUGAAUCAGCAGCACCAGCUCCUAGAGCAGACGUAAAAUAUUUUAUUGGAAAAGAUUAUUCAAAUUCUUAUGUUAAAGAUUUUGAAAAUUUAGAAGACUUUAGUGCAGAUUUUAUCCAGCGAAAGGAUAUUGUUCGUACGCCAUGGCAUGAUGAGGCGUUAGUUGUAGCUGGAGAAGUUGCUCGGGAUGCAGCCAGACACUUUAUACAACGAUGGAAUACUCAUAAGCGUGAAAAAUAUUUAUAUGAUGAUUCGUACCCAUUUCUGUUACCAAAAACGUAUAAUAACAAGGAGGAAUUGACAGUAAAUAACUGGAGUCAAUUUCUUAAUACGAAACCAAUUCAAAUUAAUGCACAAACCGAAACGGGUCGGGUGGACCCGCGGGUCGGGUCUGAUCCGAUUGUCUCGGGUCGGGUUCGGGUCAAUGUAAAAAAUAUUGGUUCGGGUCGGGUCAAAGGAAAAAAAAUUUCGGGUUUUAUUCGGGUCUUGCCACUAGAACACAAAUCAAGAGAGUUUCGUCGGUUACAAUUCACUCUUCU